AUGGACGAUGCUAGGAUAUUUUUGAUUGUUGGCAUAGAUCUUCACAAGAAGCUGAGAGGGGAUGGAAGCAUUUGGGAUUCAGAGGGAUCAAAGAAGCCAGGAGAUGAAAUUAUCCGGGGAACCUUAGUAAGACAUAUUGGAGAAAAACCAGAAAAUGAGCAGUGUGGAUACCACUGUCGAUCUCAGUGCAGCCAUGACCUCCAAUGUAUAAGCUUUGAACUAUUAAAUGAAGGUUCACAUAUGCUCAGUCUGUUCCCUACUUGGCUGACUCCAAAUCUGAUAAAUUUUUCUGGCUUUCUGCUGGUUGUGUUCAAUUUUCUGCUUAUGGCAUACUUUGAUCCUGACUUUUAUGCUUCAGUACCAGGUCACAAGCAUUUACCUGAUUGGGUUUGGAUUGUAGUGGGCAUCCUCAACUUCGUAGCCUGCACUCUAGAUGGUGUGGAUGGAAAGCAAGCCUGUAGAACCAAUUCCAGCACCCCAUUAGGGGAGCUUUUUGACCAUGGCCUGGAUAGUUGGUCAUGUGUUUACUUUGUUGUAACUGUGUAUUCCAUUUUUGGACGAGGAUCAUCUGGUGUCAGUGUUUUUGUUCUUUAUCUCCUGCUCUGGGUAGUUUUAUUUUCUUUCAUCCUGUACCACUGGGAAAAGUAUAACACAGGGAUUCUUUUCCUGCUGUGGGGAUAUGACGUUAGCCAGGUGACUAUUUCUUUUGUCUACAUAGUGACUGCGAUUGUGGGAGUUGAGGCCUGGUAUGAACCUUUCCUUUUUAAUUUCUUUUAUAGAGACCUAUUCACUGCAAUGAUCAUUGGUUGUGCAUUAUGCAUGACUCUUCCAAUGAGUUUAUUAAACUUUUUCAGAAGCUAUAAAAAUAACACCUUGAAACACAAUUUAGUCUAUGAAGCUGAUGCUAGUGACCCAAGCCUAGCUGAUAAAAAAGGAACAUGUUACGAUUAUCUUAGGAGAAACUUGGCAUUGAACCUGUUAGGGGCCAGAAUGGCCAGCGAGAAAGAGAAUGAUCAGGCUGAGGAACCCUCAGAGGAACCAUUACAUAAAGCCCUUUUGACGCUGCAAGCCUUCUCCUAA